AUGGAAGAAGAAGCGGAUAUAAUCAGUAGAUUACCAGACAAUAUUCUGCAUGAGAUUCUUUCUUUUGUUGAUUUGAAACAUGCAGUACGAACUAGUGUUUUGGCGAAAAGAUGGCUAAAGGUCUGGAUGUCUGUCCCUAGUAUAACAUUAAGUUGGAGUGAAUUUUUAGAAGAGAAAACUGCAUUUUUGGAAGAAGAAGAGAUUGAUCAUGCUAUAGAUGGGCUACGGGAUAGGUUUAUAGGUAUUGUCAACAAAGUUUUCAAUCGCCGUGAUGAGUACUCUAAUAUAGAGAUGAUCAAGUUAGGAUUUGUUAUGCAUAAUCAUAUUUUAGAAGAGAAUUUCAAUAGAUGGAUCCUUGAAGCCGUGAAACUUCGGAGUUUGCAAAGGCUUUUCUCAAGUUGCCCACUUCUGGAAUCAGUAAUCAUACGAGAGUGUGAUAUACAAACAAACAAUCAAAGGAAUGUCAUUAUUGGUUCUGACAGCCUUCAAACUUGUAUACUAGUAAGCAAUCGUCGUACAAAUCUGGGUUCGGCGGAUCAGUUUUUGACUUAUAAUACUAAGAUAUCUGGUCCAAAUGCGGAAGGCUUAAGGUGCACUGGCUUCCUGACAGAAGAUUUUUCCUUGGAAAACUUUUCCUCUCUAGUCGCCGCUCAUGUUAAGAUGAAAUUAAAAGAAGUUGAAGCAGAUGAAACUGCGCAGACUUAUUCUGAGCUGCCCGCUGUGGAAAAAGAAGUUUUUGCAAAGCGCAUGAUGAAAGUUUUAGGAGCAGUUCAUAACGUGCAACAACUGACUCUGUCAUCUGGGUUCCUUGAGGUUCUCUUACAAGCUCCUGGCAUAUUAAACGGACAACCUCUACGAUUGAGUAAUUUGGAAAUUCUGAAGCUGGAAAUAAGGUUUACAAGAGGCUGUUUGCGUUCAAUAGCAUACUUACUCAAGAUAUCUCCUGCUAUAACAGCUCUUAAACUUAAAUCCUUGGAGUCGAGUUUAGCAGAAGUUGGAGAUGAUUGGGAAGAGGAAUUCUUAUUGGGGUGCACGUUUUCUCACCUCAAGUAUGUCGAGAUCAAAGAGGUGGAAGCAUGUGAUAAUGCAGUCAAAUUUCUGAGAUUUUUAACAAAAAACUCAACGGUUUUGGAGGAAGUGAAUUUGUUCUUUCGGUCUAGUGACGCACCUGAUAGAGGGAGACGACUAAGUGAAUUUGUAGAGAAUCUAAAAAAGUUUGAAGUAGCUUCUCCAAGUAUGCAAAUAAACUUUGUUAAACCACCGGAGAAGAGUUAAGUCCGUUUUUACAAAGAUGAUCAAAGCAAGAGGCUAGACCUGACAGGUCAAUGUACUUGCUCCCCAGUUUGUUUGUUUUUUUUUUGGUUCUAAUCGUUAUUAAGAUUUAUCUC